CUGGACGGAUUGUCAAAUUUACUCAAGGUUUUCGUCAGGGAGGACUGGAGUAAAGACAUCUGUAUAGACGUACUCUGGACAUAUAUUGACGUUCUGGACAAAGCGUGACCUUUAGUGAAGGGGAUGAAUGGAAAUAAGAUGAAAUUUUCUCUGUGAAUGAUCUGCAGUACGUAGGAAGGGACAGUGACGGUAUCAGGUGGAAUCAUGUCAAACUCCCAGGAGCAGAGUCUGAAUGAGAAUGUGGUUUUCCUGCCGGUGGACGAGUCCUUCCCAGACUUCCUCCACUCUGAAAGGGAACGUGAAGCAGUGGAGAGACUCCUCAGCAGCGGGCCUGAGGCCUUUUACUGCUCCGUCGGCUCUGAGCUCCCCGGCUGCUUCUUGUCUCCCGAGGAGGUGAGGCAGAUUGACGGCUGGGCCGAGAACUUUUGCUCUAAGGAGCCACUGGUGGAAGAACAGAAUGGAUACGAGAGCAGAUCGGACUCGAAGAACUUCAGUUCCACCUACGACCCCUACCACUGGGACACGCCGAUCCCGGACCUGGAGCUGGGCUGGCCAGAGAGAUCCCCCUGGGUUAUGCAGAGCAGCGUCAGAGUCCACUCCAGUUCUGCUCCUCAGGGAGACGGGCGAGUCAGAGAGAUCAUCAGGCGACACUUACAAAUGGCCAGAACUUUGAUUGCCAUCGCGACAGACCAGCUGACAGACAACACCAUCAUUUCUGACUUGCACAACGCCGCCUCCCGAGGUGUGCCCGUCUACAUCAUCCUGAACCAUAGGUCCCUGCAGGAGAACUUCACCCUGGUUAAGCUCAGGCAUCCCAACAUAAGGGUCCGCGUUGUCGGAGGAAAAACCUUUUGCUCCAGAACUGGAAGGAUGGUGGUUGGGGAUUUGAAAUCCAAUUUCAUCCUGGUGGAUUUAGACGUAGUGAUUCACGGCAGCUACCGCCUCACAUGGACAGACGCCCAUCUGCACCGGCAGCUCAUCACAGUCCUGAGAGGAUCGGCGGUCCACUCGUUUGACGAAGAAUUCAGGCUCCUUUUUGCCGAGUCAGUCCCAGUUACCGAAGCUUUGGUAGUCCCAGCUGGCCCCCAAAUAUACCAGCCUCAGCAGGCCGAAGACUUCUCACGUCCCAAGCUCCAGAAACUGCUCUCUGCCGAGUUAGAGCUCACAAACCCUCCUUCCCCGCCUACAGACAUUCUCCUGGACUGGGAAGCGAUGGGUGUUAUUCACAGAGACAACAACAACCUGCCGUCUACUCUUCUGGAUCUAAAUAAAGAAAACGUGGCUGAGAAAAUGUCCCAGCUGGAAACAAAUAAGGACACGCCCCCUGUGGACAGCUUGACCUACAAACAACACCUUGUGAACAGGAGAAGUAGCAUGGGAGUACUGUCAACAAACCCACCAGCUGCUGAGAGAAUGGAAAGGCCUGAGCAUACAAUAGAAAGAAGGGAGUUCCCUGCAGAGAAGCCGCCUAAAAGACAGCAGACGACUGUAACCAGAAUUGAUGUUCCACCCGAGCCAACAAAUGUAGCUUAUACCAGGAGAAGAUCAACCCCCUGGAUGGAGACUUGUUUAGAAGAGAAGCAGAGAACAAAUCAUGUUAAUGCCUUUGAGGACACGCCCUCUGCCAUGAGGAAAACAUCUUUAAUCCCGAGGGUGACGCCCAGCAAGAACUUCACCUCUGCGAGUGAAAUCAUGAAGAAGCUCAAGCUGGGAACGGGGUUGCGGAGAAACUCCACUUUGUCGGAGUCCAUGUCCAUGUCCCAGUCCAUGAUGGACCUCAGCCAGCAAAACCACAGAGACAGAGAGUACCCAGUGCCUCGGUUUCUCGGCGGCGAUGCAAUGACGCCUGCUUCGGUACUGAUAAGGAAUAGGAACGAUGAAGGGAAAUCUUCCUUACAACGAUCUACAUCAACUCUGAUGCUCAAUGAAAGACCUCGCAGCAACACCUUAAACUCCAUUUACGCGAGUAAGCGCUGGCCGAAGAACAACAACUUAUCAUGACGGAGGCCAGAAGUGGGGCGCCUACAGUGUUGUUAGUUCCUGAAACAGUGCCACAAAAAGUCCCUCAUCAUGCAGAAUAAACACUCAGAGGCUUAUGUGCUUGAAUGUUACUGUUAAUAAGUGAAAUGAUUAUGCUGUUCAGGACAGAGCAUUGUUUAUUUUAGCUGUUGGACAAGUCCUAGUGUGUUGCAUUUAUUUAUUCCUCUAUAUUUGUUAGUAUGGUGUUGUCCCUUCAGUAAGGUUGGGUGCAGGGAGUAUUCUGGGCCUAAGGGGUGUUGCUCUAGGGCCCUCUGGAGCAGUAAUCUGUGGGAUUUGAACCUGGGAACUUGAGCCCUUUCCAGGAAAAAGUGCCCUGCCCGAAAGCCACAAGGCCGCCCGCCACUUCCUCAAAUAUAACGUACUGCAGCAGCAGGAAUCAGAUAGCGGUUGCCAGUCUUGAAGUAGCAGGCUUAUUCGUCUACACCACGAGGCCACGCAGAUAUUGCACAGUUGUGAAGUGGAAUAUAAAUGAGACAUGUUUUUUAAACUUUUUUUAUUCAUAAAAUUGUGUGUAAAGUUUUGUGUGCAUUUGUUUGAAGAUCACUUUAGUCUGUUACCGUUGAA